UGACAGAGAUUCCUGGAUACACCGACACACCUGUGAUCUUUUCCGUAAAUGGACAUUUGACAUGUCUUACUGACAAUAGUGGUUUACGAAUUUAUCUGUUUGCCUUGUUUUUAUGUGAAAUUCAUGUUAGCAGUGCUUGAUUUUUGAUGGAGCUAAGAGAAUUUCACAAUCAAGUCCUUCCACCUCCAGACUAUGGUAUUCCAUAUGAUUCCCAGCAGUCAUUAAGAGUACGGACACUUCCAGCCCAAGAUACAGACUAUGGUAUUCCAUAUGAUUCCCAGCAUUCACUAAGAGUACGGACACUUCCAGCCCAAGAUACGGACUAUGGUAUUCCAUAUGAUUCCCAGCAGUCAUUAAGAGUACGGACACUUCCAGCCCAAUAUACAGACUAUGAUAGUCCAUAUGAUUCCCAGCAGUCACUGCGAUUGCGGACACUUCCAGCCCAAAAUACAGACUAUGGUAGUCCGUAUGAUUCCCAGCAGUCACUGAGAUUACGGACACUUCCAGCCCAAGAUACAGACUACGAACGUCCGAAUGAUUCCCAGCAGUCACUGAGAUUACGGACACUUCCAGCCCAAGAUACAGGUGGGGUUCAGUUUGAUUGGGCCUCUACACCUGCAGAAGAGGAUGCAAAAGAACCUGAGCCUCAAAAGCUUCGUGAGCUGCCACUGCAUAUGGGUCUGAAGAGAGCAGUAUGGCAGGUGCAAAAGAUGAAAAUUCCAGUGGUUUCAAGAUGGGGCUCUUGGAGCAUAAAGCACUCCAAAUCAUUUCGCCAUUUCUGUGAGACUGCUAAAGAAGUUUUAAGCUAUUUAGUUCUGUGGAGGAAAGGAAUCCAAAAAAUAGGAGGACACUUUGGUGGAGGAGUUCAAUCCUACUUCUUGUUCCUAAGGUUUCUUGUGAUUCUCAACUUCCUGUCCUUUCUGUUAAUCGCAGCAUUCGUCCUCAUUCCCAGCAUUGUGUUUCGGUCCACCAACUUUAACUCCACCACCAAUCUAACUGGUGUGGAGGAAUGUUUGCAGUAUGAUCCAAAGCCUGAUCCCCUAGCUGUAUUCAUCACAUACUUUCUAGACCUGGUCUCAGGAACGGGUUUCAUGGAAUAUUCAUAUCUGUUUUAUGGCUAUUAUAAUAACACAAUGGUUGUGAGUGGAGACUUCUCAUACAACAUCCCUCUGGCCUAUCUGUUGACGGCAGCCUUCUACUUCAUCUUCUGCCUUAUUUGUAUAAUUGUAAGAAUGGGAAGUGUGGCUCGUGCUGUUGUAGCGACGGGCGAAGUCGCAGUUGGGAAUUACAGUAUGCUGGUUUUUACAGGAUGGGAUCAUGGUCUCCAAGGAGACCGCGCCACAAACCUCAAACAAAACAAUCUCCGUUACCAGUUACAGGUGGAUCUCGAAGAAGAAAGUCUGAAACGAAAAGCUGCCGCGCUGACUUUGAAUCAGGCGAUCUCUCUCUAUACCUUUCGUGUUUUCCUCAACCUUGUGGUCUUAGCACUCAUUGGUGGAGCUUUCUAUGCCAUUGCCUUGGCAACCCAGUUCAGCCAGUCCAACGCAACAACAGGCUUUGAGGGGUUGCUGUUGCAAUACUUACCCUCCAUUGUCAUAACAACAAGCAAUUUUGUGGUGCCCUUCCUGUGUGACAAGAUUGCUUUACUGGAAAAGCAUACUCCCAGUACCACGGUCAUUCUGGCCUUGCUUCGGGCAGUUUUCCUGCGUUUGGUAAGUUUGGGUGUUCUGCUGUACACUCUAUGGGAGCAGAUAACCUGUAGUGGAGAUAUCUCUAGUGCCAACUCAAACUGUACCAUCUGCAGUUACAAUUACAACCAAUAUAAGUGUUGGGAGACACGUGUUGGACAGGAAAUGUAUAAACUGACUCUUUUUGACUUCCUGAUAACCAUCGCCACAUUGAUCCUGGUUGAAUUCCCACGCAGGAUCAUGGUAGAUCACUGCUCAUGUAAAUUAACUCAGUGGGUGGGACGGCAAGAGUUUCUGGUUCCCCCGAAUGUUCUUGCUCUAGUUUACAGUCAAACAGUGGUUUGGACCGGAGCUUUAUUCUCUCCAUUGUUACCACUUAUUAACACCAUCAAAUUCCUUAUCUUUUUUUACUGUAAAAAGAUAACUUUGUUUCAAAACUGUCGACCUGCUCUGAGAACAUUUCGAUCCACCAGCUCCAACUUCUUCUUCCUCUUGGUUUUGCUCUUCGGAUGGAUGUUGGCCAGUGUGGUUCUUAUUUACAGUGUAGCCAAGAUCCAUCCAUCUUAUGGCUGUGGGCCUUUCCGCCUUUCCCAAUCAAUGUGGCAAGUUGUACCAGUAGCUGUCAGCAUGCUAAACAACACCAGUACAGAAUUUCUACUCUACAUUGGCUCCCAGCGUUUCUCUAUACCACUCUUCCUCUUCUCCUGUGUGCUCCUGUGCUAUGUGGGCGCUUUAACAUCUGUCCAUGGGAAAAGUGUAGCACUGCUAAAAUCUCAGUGUAAACUGGAACAGCGUGACAAGCAGUUCCUGGUGAGACAAAUUGAAGAGCUGAAUGCCAAAAUGCAAAAGGAACAACGUGCAGCGCAGCAGCCACAGAGAAACACGGAGCAAUUCCACCAGACAGAACGGCAGUUGACUGGAUAUAACAAUUAUGCAUUUCAUCCAGAUGACGACCCAAGGCCAUAUUAAUUAAGAUGUGUUUGAUAAAGACUACAGUUCACUAAAUACUAACAAAUUUAUUAUGGACUUCUCUGUGUACUCAUUUAUCUGUAACAGCAGAUCUUAAACUAGCCUUUCAGUUUCCACUAUUCACAUUUAAAUGAGCAAAUGAACUUCAAAUACUUGAAGCUUUUGAGUGUUUUAAGUUUUUUUUAUUUAUCUGUCAGAUAAGCUGUGCUGAUUAAUUUAUUAAAAAUUAAUUAAUUGCUUUA